UAUCUUAUUAUACAAGUAUAUAAACUUAUCUAAAUGUUACCCUGCACCACAUUGCCAAUAUGUUCAAAACAAGUGCUAUUGUUAUUUUGUUGCUUGGCGUUUGUCACGCCCAACCUACACGUAUCGUUGGUGGUGAAGACGCUGACAUAACCGAAGUACCAUGGCAGGUAUCUUUACAACGCAGUCUCACUGAUUUCCAUUUCUGCGGCGGGACCAUCCUCAGCAGCAAAUGGAUCCUGACUGCUGGUCACUGCAUGGACAGCGAUCCAUCUCCCACUGAUAUUCAAGUUGUGGUUGGCAUGACAAAGAAAUCUGAAGGUGGCGUUGUUCACACCGUCAAGCAGUCAAUUCAACAUCCGCUUUAUAGUAGUAUGAUUAGAAACAGCCAUGAUAUGACCCUUCUUGAAUUGAAUGAACCAAUCGAAUUUAACGAACGUGCGCAACCGGUGCGCAUACCUACUGACGAUGAAACACUUCCCGUUGGUGAACUAGCCACUAUUCAAGGAUGGGGCCGUCUUUGGCAAGAUGGAGAUUCACCGGACCAACUGCAGAAAACUACGUUGCCUAUCUGGGAACCAGAAGCAUGUGCAUCACCGUGGUCAUUCCCUUUGAAUUACUUUGUUGGUCCUGACGCACCUUUUAUUUGCGCGGCUUGGGACAAUGCAAUGCCUAAUACUUGUAAUGGAGAUUCAGGUGGCGCACUUACCUACAGUGGUAUUCAAUAUGGCGUCGUUUCCUUUGGAAUGGGUUGCGUUAACCCUGCAUACCCCAAGGUUUUCACGAAUGUAUACAACUUGAGGGGAUUUAUUUAUGAUAAUACUGAUUUGUUAAACUGAGUUGUUAAAUAUCACUUAAAUAUGUUCAGGUUUUAAUAAAAUAUAAUAUAUAUAUAUCAAAA